UUCAUUCUCUCCUUCGCCCGACUCCGUCGCUUCCUAUUUUUCCAGAGUUUUAGAGAGUAAAAGGCAGAGAAAGAUGGUGAUUCCACCGGCAGUGAGACCACCGCGGCUCUUCGACCACCUCAAACCUUACGUCUUGAAGUUGUACUUCACGAAUAAGUUUGUUCACGCCCAAGUCAUCCACUCACCAACAGCCACCGUGGCUUGCUCAGCUAGCUCACAGGAAAAAGCAUUGAGGGAAACAAUGGGGGUCACACGCGACGUGGCUGCUGCUGCAAAGAUCGGUAAACUCCUUGGAGAAAGGCUCUUGAUGAAAGACAUUCCAGCUGUUACCAUUCACAUGAAGAAAGAGCAGAUGUAUCAUGGUAAAGUCAAGGCUGUGAUCGAUUCUGUCAGGGAAGCUGGCGUCAAGUUGCUUUGAGGAUUGUUCAACGAUCCGUGAAGCCAAAUCAGUUUCAUAUGGUUAGUUCGGAACAUUGUCAUUCUCUUUGUCUUGAGAUCAGAGUGGUGCCAUAAUGAAAGCCUUUGCUUAGUUCAUGUCUAUUCUUCUUUCUUUUCUUCAGGGUUGUGAAGAAAAAUGUUCAAAAGAGAAUGAAUUUUUAUAUGCUUUUGACUAUUGAAUAAUAAGAUUAAUGGUUCUUUCCGAA